ACGUGGUGUGGACGAAGGGCGGCUUUGUGGCCGCCAUGUUGUGCGGCCCCGGGCCGGGCCGGGCAUGGCGGGGGCCGGCAGCAACUGGCUUUCGGGGGUCAACGUGGUGCUGGUCAUGGCUUACGGCAGUCUGGUCUUCGUGCUGCUGUUCAUCUUCGUGAAACGCCAGAUCAUGCGCUUUGCCAUGAAAUCCCGCCGUGGCCCCCACGUGCCUGUGGGACAGCAUGCACCCAAGGAUUUAAAGGAAGAGAUUGACAUUCGACUGUCAAGGGUGCAGGACAUCAAGUAUGAGCCACAGCUGCUGGCAGAGGAUGACGGCCGGCUCCUGCAGCUGGAGACACCAGGCUGCUAUAACUACCUGUACAGGAUGAAGGCACUAGAUGCAAUCAGGACAUCAGAAAUCCCGUUUCAAGCAGAGGGCCGGUACCCAAAGUCUUUAAUCGGGAAGAACUUCUGUGCCUACUUGCUGGAACUGCGGAAUUCCAGCACGUCCUUCAAAGGCAUCCGCAAAGCCUUGAUUGACACCUUGCUGGAUGGCUAUGAGAGUGCCCGCUAUGGCACUGGGGUCUUUGGGAAAAUGGAAUAUCUGAAGUAUGAAGAAGCUCUGAACGAACUGGCAAACAUGACCAAGACCCGGGGUGGCAGCAGCCAGCGGCAGCACCAGUCAGCAGUGAAAGACCUCACCCUGUCCCCUGAAGUCUCCAAUCCCACCACCAUCCAGGUCACCUACCUUCCUUCCAGCCAGAAGAGCAAACGUGCCAAACACUUCCUGGAGCUGAAGAGUUUCAAGGACAACUACAACACGCUGGAGAGCACCCUGUGAGCGUGCAGGGGCCUGGUGCAGUGGGAAUGCUUGGCAGGUCUGGGCUGCAGUGCAGGUAGCACUGAGAGGAACCAGCUGCACUUUCAGAUCUCCCCCUCAUACCACAUGGGAGGUCAUCGCUUGGUGGGGGCUCCAUUCCAGCUGCUGGAGUUUGGCCCUCACCAGGAGCCCAUUCUGGAGCUGCUGAGCCUAUGGGGAUCAGCCCCAUGGCCUUCUCUGCCACAGGCUUAUGACAUUCCAGUCUCUGAGUCCUGCACUGUCUUGGACCUUGUGAAUAAACUCAUGAGCUUGAGCUUAUUUAUAAAGAGAUGGAUCCCAGCCAGCACUCUCCUCUGCCCACCCAUCCCUGCAACAGCUAGCGGGAACUGAUGUUUGUCCAUCCUGUCUGUGUAGGUCUUGGGCACUGGAGCCACUUGUCUGUUUUUUUCCGAAGGGUGAACACUUUUCCCCAUGACAUCAUUGUUCCUGCUGUCAGCCCUUUGUGGCCAGCCUGCCUGCGCACCUGGAUGAGGUAGAAAUAGUUUGGUGCCUGUUCUUAGCACCGUGGCUAAGCUACCGCUCUGGGCUGAGGUUUCUACUCAUUCUCCUGCAACCGGGCAUUUGGGGACGUCUUGAGUGGACAAAACAGUGUUAAAUGUCCCAUCUGUUCUGCCAAGGGGGUGUUUGCUCCCACUUUCACCAGCGCCUCACCUGCCAGCAAUCUGCCGAGCUCCUGAGGCUGAAAGCUCGUGGCCCCCACCUUGAGUCUGCAUUCUGUCAGGCUGAGGACAGCACUGGCAGCUCAUCCAUCACUGUGGCAUGGGCAACACAGAGUAGAGAGUACAGACCUUGGCACUUUUAAAUUACUGUUUAAUAAAACAGCAGUUUAGCUCAAGUAGGAUGUGUGCCACUGGCCUCUGACUACAGGGCCCCAUCCCUACCCGAUGCCAGGCUUCAUCCCCUGCUGAAGCUGCUACAAAGUAACUGAGAUGCCAUUAAUGGUAGCCAGGGUGCUGCCAUUACUGCUAUGGUAACUGCAAUACCAUGACACAAACUGGCAUGCAGUUAUGGUAACCAGAAUGCUACCAUUACAGUAACUGGGAGGCUGUUACUGUAACCAGGAUGCCAAGGUAUUCCAUUAACUCCGUGGCUGUUGCAGGGGAGCCGUUGCAGGGUCUCUGUGGCACUGGCCAUGGCAGUACCAAACAGCCAGAGCUCCUCACUGCAGCAAGAGGAGGUCCAGGCAAAUGGAAAUGCUGGUGCAAGGCUCUUGGAGAGCUGUGGACAGGAGGCCAGGGAGCACCCAGAGUGCUGCGUAUCAUCCCUUGAGGUGCUGCAGUGGAUCAUGGAGCCGCGGCUGAAGAAGUGUGUGGAGUUGGAGCUGCACCUUGCAGGCAGGGAGCAGGCAGUGAUCCGCCGAGAUGCCCUGUCCCAUCUCGUCCUGGAUGAGCACCUACAGCACCAGCAGCAGCUGCGCCAGCAGGGGAAAGCCUUCUAUGUGGAGCGGCUCUGAGUGCUCAGCCCAGUGUGUGGCUCUGGCCUGGAAUCACCCAACUCAUGACUAAGAAUAAAACAUGUUGAGCAAGA